GGGCGGGGGAGGGCGCCCGGGCGGCGGGCCGGCCCGAGGGCGCCUCCUCCUGGUGGCGCUGGUGCUGCCGGUGCUGCUGUGGGCGCGGGGGGUCCGGGGCCAGGGAGACCCCCAGCGGAGCACGAUCCUUGGCAUGCGACUGGAGAGCUGCGACAAGCCGUGUGGGAUGAACCCGAAUGGCAUCAUCUUUGUGUCCGAGGGCAGCACGGUGAACCUGAGGCUGUACGGCCACAGGCUGGGCUCCAUCUCCAGCAACCUGAUCUCCUUCUCGGAGGUGGACAACUCCGAGGCCCUCCACAACUCCACCCACUGCCCCGAGCUCACCAAGGACCUGGUCGUCCAGCAGCUGGUCAACGUGAGCCGCGGGGACACGUCCGGGAUGCUGGUGGUGUUCACCAAGUUCCUCCGGAGGAGCGAGAACAUGAAGCUGUACGCGCUGUGCACCCGGGCCAGCGUGGACGGGCCCUGGCAGAGGUGGACCGAUAAGGACUCGCUGCUCUACAUGGUGGAGGAGGCGGGGAGGUUCCUGCCCCUCUGGCUGCACAUACUUAUCAUUUUGGUGCUGUUAGUGCUAUCGGGCAUCUUCUCUGGCCUCAAUCUGGGGUUGAUGGCCCUGGACCCCAUGGAGCUGCGCAUCGUCCAGAACUGUGGCACGGAGAAGGAGAGGCGCUAUGCUCGCAAGAUCGAGCCUAUCCGUCGCAAAGGCAACUACCUGCUCUGCUCGCUACUCCUGGGAAAUGUGCUGGUCAACACCUCUCUCACUAUCCUUCUGGACAACCUCAUCGGGUCCGGGCUCAUGGCCGUGGCCUCCUCCACGAUCGGCAUUGUCAUCUUUGGAGAGAUCUUACCUCAGGCCCUGUGCUCCCGGCACGGACUGGCUGUGGGUGCCAACACGAUCGUUCUUACCAAAUUCUUUAUGCUACUCACUUUCCCCCUCAGCUUCCCCAUCAGCAAGCUCCUAGACUUUUUUCUGGGCCAGGAGAUUCACACCGUUUACAAUCGGGAGAAACUGAUGGAGAUGUUGAAGGUGACAGAGCCCUAUAAUGACCUCGUGAAGGAGGAACUAAAUAUGAUUCAGGGGGCCCUGGAACUACGGACCAAAACCGUGGAGGACAUCAUGACCCAGCUCCAUGACUGCUUCAUGAUCCGCAACGAUGCCAUCCUGGACUUCAACACCAUGUCCGAGAUUAUGGAGAGUGGCUAUACCCGCAUCCCCGUGUUUGAGGAUGAGCAGUCCAAUAUCGUAGAUAUUCUCUAUGUCAAAGACUUGGCCUUCGUGGACCCCGAUGACUGCACCCCCCUCAAGACCAUCACCCGCUUCUACAACCACCCCGUGCACUUUGUCUUCCAUGAUACCAAGCUGGACGCCAUGCUGGAGGAGUUCAAGAAAGGGAAGUCCCACCUGGCCAUCGUGCAGAAGGUGAACAACGAGGGGGAAGGUGACCCCUUCUACGAGGUCCUGGGCCUGGUCACCCUGGAGGACGUCAUCGAGGAGAUCAUCAAGUCCGAGAUCCUGGACGAGUCCGAUAUGUACACUGACAACCGAAGCCGGAAACGGGUAGCUGAGAAGAACAAACGGGACUUCUCAGCCUUCAAGGAUACUGACAAUGAACUCAAGGUGAAAAUUUCACCUCAGCUACUCCUGGCUGCUCACCGCUUUCUGUCCACGGAAGUCCCCCAGUUCAGCCCUGCUCUGAUAUCAGAGAAGAUCCUGCUUCGGCUGCUCAAGUACCCGGACGUCAUUCAGGAACUCAAGUUUGAUGAGCACAACAAAUACUAUGUGCACCACUAUCUGUACACCCGGAACAAGCCGGCCGACUACUUCAUCCUCAUCCUGCAGGGGAAGGUGGAGGUGGAGGCUGGGAAGGAGAACAUGAAGUUUGAGACGGGUGCCUUCUCCUACUACGGGACCAUGGCGCUGUCCUCGUUAACCACUGUGCCUUCAUCCCAGGUCGGGUGUCCGCCUGGCAAGCAGAACUCCCUGCUCUCCUGGCUCUCAGACCGCUCCCCAUCGCACCCCACCUGCCUGAGCCGCUCAGCCUCCCUCAGUUGCCCGGACCGCACAGACCUCUCCAGCCCAGCCCCCUUGGCAGGCAGCAGCAACCAGCUUGGCAGCUCUGUCCUGGGCCAGUACAUCUCUGACUUCAGUGUCCGGGCGCUCAUGGACCUGCAGUAUAUCAAGAUCACCCGCCAACAGUACCAGAAUGGGCUGCUGGCCUCACGGAUGGAGACCAGCCCUCAGUUUCCCCUGGACGGGUGCACCAUCUGCACGGAGAACCUGGCGGAGAAGCCUGAGCUGCCUGUGGUGGACGAGACCACAACUCUGCUCAACGAGCGCAACGCCACGCUGCACAGAGCUUCCCCCGAGAGCGCCAUCUGACAGGAGGGCCCGGGGCCCCCCGCCCGCUCCGCGGGGGCCGCUCCAGUGGGCCCACCUGAAGAGAAGGAGCCUGUCAGGACAGACGGGGUGCCGAUGGCCUACCUUCCUGAGCAGCCAGGUGGCCCCCAGCCUGUGGGGAAGCUGGCCUCUGACAGGGACCUGUGAGCAGCUCGGAAGUAGCGGCUGCCUAGCCCUGGACUGUGGGUGGCGAGUAACCACCACAAGGCGGAUUUUGUACUGGAGAGUUUCUAAACUAGGCUUAUUGCUCCUCUUUUGAAAUAUCAUUUGGGGAAGGGAAUGGGGAAGGGAAGACAGGGUUAAGGAUUUUAUUUAAAAAAAAAUUUUUUCCCCCACAAAAACUUUGGAAGGGGUUUCUCACCCCGGGAAGCAAUAGCCAUAAUCUGCUCCCAGCCACAACCUGGCUAUGUCCCGACUCAGGGAGCCGACUCUUCCUGCUCCUUGUCCUCCAGAGACGGGUCCCAGCAGCUGCGGGAGGAAGAUUUUCUCUUGGGAGGAAGACAGUGCUUCCCAGGAAGCAAAGAACCAAAUAGCAUUGAGAACAACUGCCUGGACAUGUGCACUGAGGCUUGUCUGACGUCGCCGAGGCCAAGGAUUCUGGGGAGCUGUGAUCAGGGGCUAUACUUCCAGCUACAGAGGAGUAGCCCUGCUCCUGUCACUCGCUGGAUCCAGGAAUUUCUGAAACUCUGCUGAUGGGCUCUCCUGGUGGGGGCCACUGGGACUCUCAACCCUGGCCCCAUUGUUUUGCCUCAUCGACCCCUUUGGACAGCUGUUCCCUUGUAAUGGGCUGACUUGACGCGUUAGGCAGUGUCUCCCACCUUUCGGAUUGCUCCCCCUGCUCCCCAGGCUGCCCUCUCUUUACCAAAGGCUUUCCCGUGGGUUGGGACAGCAUCUACAUUAGAGGUGACUUGUCUGCAAUACUCCUCUUGGUUCUAGGAGGGAAUCUAGUCACAAGUAUUUGCAUUGUUAGCAAGUAAUACCAUCCCCUUCCCACCCCUCAACCAAAGUCCAGUCUGACCCUUGAACUCUGCUUUCCAGGCUCCCUACUUCCAAUCGAAACCCCGAGGUCUCUUGGGGAUUGAGAACAGAGGAUGUGGAGGAAGCAACCUGAGCAGGUUCUCCAUGCCCUCUCUCCGUGGCUGAGGCUUACCUGCCUAUUUACACACUUUCAUAGCCCGGGAAAGGUUUCAGCCUCCAGGGCACACAUGGUGGUCACGUUUCCCCCGGUCCGUAAUCCUGGUGCGGGACGUCAUCUUGUCCUGUGCUGAAGCUGGUGGCACAGAGCUCCACGCCCACAGGAAGUCCUGCCCCAGCACCUUUCCCUGGGGCUGAGCCAGGCCCUGCUGCACAGCUCCAGGCUUCCCACUGCUGGGGAGGCUGCGGGACCAAGGUCCGUGUUGGCCCUUUUGUCGGGUGGAACAGUUGCCCAAGAUCAGGUGGGGGAGACUCUGCAGGCCUCCCCCUGAGUGUUGUCUAUUCGCUCCUUUCCUAAAGGGCUCUGCUCUUCAGGUGCCUGGAGGGCCCUAAGUCUUGAGACCAGGAAAUGUCUUGCACCAAGUAUACCUACCCCUGACCAGUCAUAGAAUCUAUUCCUAAAAGUUUGGAGAGAAGGUGGUGAUACCCAUGGGUUCUCAGCCAGAAGGAAAAAAAGACACUGGACCUUUUUGUUCCCUGUGGGGAAACCCAUUAGUUUUCUACACGCACAGCUUGCUUUCUGAGUCCACAUGGAAGCUUGCAAAGCUGUGUUUUUGAGACCUGAGUGCCAGGCAGGGCCAAGCACAUUGGCCUGAACCAAGUGAGUGUGUGUGAAGUAAAAGCGGGUACGCACACUUCCACGCUACCUCUUUGCACACACGGUUACUACCAACAGUUGUUCCCUCCUCCCCCGUUCUUCCCUUCCCUUCCCCAUUUAUAAUCACUUCUUGCAAAGGGUCGUAAUUAUUUCCAAAUAUUACUGGUCCGAUGACUUCCUCCUCCCAGUGCAAUUUUUCACUUCCUAUUCCAACUUCCGGUUCCUGGGCUGAGCUCUACCCUGGAAUUGGCCCAUCCCUACCUGUCUUCCUGUGUGAGGGAUGGCCUCCAAAUGGGUAGGCAAGUCACAGCCACCAUAGCAAGUAACAUAUUUAUUUUGCAUAAGAUUUUAAUUUGUAUAUAUUUGUGAUUUAUUUUGGCAUUGUUAUGAGUUUGACUCUCGGGGAGUUUUGUUGUUAUGACUCUUGUGUCUUUUGUCACAAAACAAUGAUAAUAUUUGCUAAACAAUAUAUGGAAUUUAUUUUUGAUUGGUAAUAAAAAAAUGAAAUAUGAAAUCUUGGUGCAUCUAAAUUUCCCUAUUUAAGUCCAGUCAGUAUUCGGUACCUGUCAUAGAAAUAGAAGUGAUUGUGAUUGGCUGUCACUAUGUGAGGGCAAGAGACAAGUAUUCUGGGAUUGUUUCACAGUGAAAAAGCAGCAGCAAUGUAAUUUUAAAUAUAUCCUAUAUAAUAAAAGGCUAAUGCAAAUCAA